AGACCUUUAUCAAUUGAGUGUGUGUCACUGUAGAAUUCUCUGCUAUGGUGGGCCACAGCGGAUGAUGCUUUAGCACAAUGAAGGCGCUCACCACAGCAUUGCUUCUAGUCACCCUGCAGUGUUCCCAUGCCCUGACUCCCACCAACUGUGAUGCUUCUGAGCCUUUGGCUGAGAAAGCUCUAGACCUGAUCAAUAAAGGGCGGAGGAGUGGCUAUGCUUUCCAGCUGCUUCGGGUCUCUGACGCCCACUUGGACAGAGUGGGAACAGCCACCAUCUACUACUUAGUUUUAGAUGUGAUAGAAUCUGACUGUUGGGUCCUCUCCACAAAAGCCCAGGAUGACUGUCUUCCAGCUAGGUGGCCGUCUGAAAUAGUGAUUGGACAAUGUAAGGUAAUAGUCACAAGAUACUCAAAUGAGUCUCAAGAUCUUAUCGUGAAUGGCUAUAACUGCACCACAAGUUCUGUCUCUUCAGCACUUCGCAACACCAAAGAUAGUCCUGUACUCUUUGACUUCUUUGAGGAUUCUGAGCUCUACAGAAAGCAAGCCCAGGAAGCCCUUGACAAGUACAAAAGGGAGAAUGGUGACUUUGCCUCUUUCAGAGUGGAGAAGGCAGAACGGGUUAUAAGAGCGAGAGGAGGGGAAAGAACCAAUUACUACGUGGAAUUCUCGGUGAGGAACUGUUCCACACAGCAUUUCCCCAGAUACCCUCCGGUCUUUGGCUUCUGCAGAGCAGUUUUGUCCUACAGUAUAGAAGCCUCUGACUUGGAAACCCCAGAACACACUGACGUAAACUGUGAAGUCUUCAACAUUGAGGAUCAUAAAAACAGGAGUGACAUGAAACCCCGCUGGGGCCAUGAGCAUCCUCUUUGUGACAAACAUCUGUGUAAGCUCAGCAGGUCCAGGGAUCAUCAUCAUACCCAGAAGACAUAUGAACUCGGAUGUCCACCUCCACCAGAAGGAAAAGAUAACUCAGACAGACCACAAGUUCCACAACUGCCCCCUGAUCAUCCCCCUCCUUCUGGUACUAUCCAUAGACCCCCGCAUAAUCACAAUUGUAGUGAGCAUCCUUGCUAUGGACACCACCCUCAUGGACCACACCCCAAUGGACACCACCCCCAUGGUGACCACCCCCAUGGACAUCAUCCUCAUGGACACCGCCCCCAUGGUGACCACCCCCAUGGAUACCACCCUCAUGGUGACCACCCCUAUGGACACCAUCCUCAUGGAGACCACCCUCAUGAUGACCACCCUCAUGGUGACCACCCCCAUGGACACCAUCCUCAUGGACACCACCCUCAUGGACCACACCCCCAUGGACACCACCCUCAUGGUGACCACCCCCAUGGACAUCACCCCCACAGUCACCAUCCCCAUGGACAUGAUUUCCUUGACUAUGGACCUUGUGACCCACCCUCCAAUAACCAAGAACUCAAAGGUCAGUAUCAUCGGGGCUAUGGUCCACCACAUAGACACUCAAGAAAAAGAGGUCCAGGUAAAGGACUCUUUUCUUUCCACCGGCAAAUCGGAUAUGUCUACCGACUCCCUCCACUGAAUACAGGUGAAGUUCUCACUCUUCCUGAAGCCAAUUUCCCCAGCUUCUCAUUGCCAAAUUGCAACAGACCCCUACAACCAGAGAUUCAGCCCUUCCCUCAGAUGGCCUCGAAGUCAUGUCCAGGGAAAUUUGAGAGUAAGUUUCCACAAACUUCCAAGUUUUUUGGAUAUACACCUCCAAAAUAAAACCUGAUUCCUAGGUAGGGGAAAGAGGACAAUAUUAUGAAUAAAUAAAAUGUUAAGAAAUGAAAA